GCAAUGGGCACCACUCGUUCAUCCCUCAGUUCUCACUCACCUCAGCUACAUAUCCAAUCCAUUCCCUCUCCUUCCAACUCCUUCACCUUAUACAGUUUCGCCUUUUCCAUAUAACUAAACUCUCUUUCUUCUUAUAAUUACAAUGGCUUCCUUUUCAGCUUCUUGCCUGAGAUUCCAGCUACCUCUAAUCCCGCCCACCAAGAUCAACAUCAACCAGGUUGUGAGAAGAAUUUCAAGUGUGAAAUUUGGAUGGAGAAAGAAUGGUUUGCAUGUUCUGAGAACAUCCCAGCUCCGUAUCUCUUGUGCGGCAAAACCAGAGACAGUUGAUAAAGUGUGUUCAGUUGUGAGGAAACAAUUGGCCUUGCCUGCCGAAUCAGAGCUCACCCCUGAAUCCAAGUUCUUAGCUCUGGGUGCCGACUCCCUCGACCUUGUGGAGAUAAUUAUGGCCUUAGAGGAAGAAUUUGACAUCAAUAUCGAGGAGGAUAACGCUCAGAACAUAACCACCGUUCAAGAAGCUGCAGAUUUGAUCGAGGACCUCGUUGUUAACCCCAAUCUUAACCCCACGGUUGAGUAGUUUCCUCAAAAAACGAUUUUUUCAACCAAACCAACAUUCUACUUGAGGAAGUCAAAAACCAAAUUGGACCUGUUCUAAGAGAUGCAAGUAAUUCAUUUCAGCUUUGUUAGAACUUGAAGAGAACUCAAUGUGAAGUUUGUCGUGUUGUAUUGUUUAAUUUUGUGCCUCUCGAGACGAGGGGCGGCUCGACCAGUCAAUUUCAUGGAUUGUGGGGGUGUGGUGGAGACCGGAGUUGACGCUACUGCCCUACUAACCAAAGCUUUUCAAA